AUGCGAAUUGUGUCAUACUCGAUAAAUACUUCGCCAGUGCCCCAUCUUUCACCGAGACCUUGGCGAGCGGAAACGUGGCACAAGAUAGGGAAAACAAAACCAAGAAAUACAUUGACGGCUGGCAAGCCUCUUGGGAAAAGCUCAGUGCAGGUAGGAAGUGAGCGGCUUGAGUGA